UGGUGGGCUUGUGUUUAUGUGUCUGUGGCUGUCAGUCAGGGCCGGGACUUGCAUGUGUGUGUGUGGGAUCUGUCUGAAGACCGCAGAACAGUGACAGACUCUCUCCUAACGGGCAGUGUGGGGUUCUGUCAGUGCUCUCUGCUGGAGACCCGACCCGGAGACGCUCUACUGGCCCAUCCCACAGAAAACAUGGAGGAGGUGAGUGUGGUGGAGGUGAAGAGCUGGACUCCAGUUUGCACUCUGAAACCAGAUUCAAAGCUGGGGAUGCUCAUGUGUAUGAAGAUGUGGCAGGCGGAUUCUGGUCCGGUUCUGUGUGCCGGUUAUGAGGACGGCUCUCUGGUGUUAUGGGAUGUUUCCCAUCGCCGUCCGUUCAGCUGUCUGAAGGCACAUCCUGAGCCAGUCAUGUGUCUAGACAUUGAUGUAUGCAAGCAGAAAGGCAUCUCGGGGUCUUCAGAGAAGAUCCUCCAAUCCUGGACCCUUGACAACCAGCAAAACCUUCAGAUGCACGACUCUGUUCAGAUGACCAAUCCUGGGGUCUCCCAGCUGCGUAUCCGUGUCGAUGGAAAGAUCUUCGCUACGGCGGGAUGGGACAACAUCAUCAGAGUGUUUGGCUGGAAGAAACUGAAGCCAUUGGCUGUUCUGCAACAUCAUACUGACAUGGUGAAUAGUGUGGCCUUCUCAGACCAUCAGGACCCCCCACAGAGACUUCUGGCCGCAGGGUCCAAGGACCAGCGGAUCAGUGUGUGGUCUAUAUAUAGUGAAAGUUGAGUUUGAAAGACAGAGGCCCACUUUACCAUUUCCUUCAAACUGAUUGUUGCAAAUUACUCUGACUUUAUUUACAUACUUGAAUGUGGUGCUAAUAUAUUUUCUUUGAAUGAAAGUGCCUAAAUUAGUGGCUGACUGCCAAUCAGAGGCGGAGCUACAACAUAAUCUCAUUUAGCAAGAUGUGCGGCAGUUUUUUUUUUUUUUUGUAUAAUAGGUCUUGUGUUUGCAUACAAGGUUCUUAAGUUAGGAUGGGAACUGAGAAUAAAUUAUUUCA